AGAGCUGACAUUUGCGUUUUGAAUGAAACGCGGUUGACUGCACGACAGUAAGUUGUAAAAGGUUUCCCAGCACUCCAAAGUGAUGUCCUCCAGGAAGUCGAGCUUUAGUGGGGACAGCUUGCCUCCAAGCAGAUUUGGAGAGCGUACCCCUCUGAGAAGUUUGCAGAAUGAGAUGCUGCAUCUGUCAACUCCAUCAUCAAGGUUCAAAUCAAAGUCCCUGCUCAGUGCUGACGUUGUGGAACCGAAAAAGGGCGACGUUCCUUUCUGUGACCCCGAAGCCCACUUGCAAUCUCCUCCAUCCACCAAAGUGAAUCAAAUCGAUGCUUCCAUUAUGGAUACAGCAACUGCUGAGACAGCCAGUGGACUUGGAGAUGUGACGUUUAAGUCCUUCAUCUGUCCCGGUGGGGAGGUUGAGGUUUCGGGCUUCUCAGUCUGCGGAGAAGAAAGUAUUGUUUUACCCAAGGAUCAGGCUAUGGAAAACGUGCGUGAAACGGAAGGCACAGUCAUCUGUGACGGUGUCAUCGAUCAUUCUUGCAGUAACCACGUCGAGCACCCCUAUCACCACCCCGAGGAGGAAGACGCCUCCGCGGUUGACAUUGACGCCGCGUGUCUAUGUGACACUUCAAAUACUACGGUGGCCUCUAAAGACUUGGUUGAUAGAGAAGUCACACAAGAUUCCGGAGCUUUUACGAAUGAUGUCACUUGGAAAUCAUUUGUUUGCGAUGGUGGUGAGGUGAACGUUUCAGAUGUUACCGGACUUCAAGAUGAGACCAUUCCUCUGCCCAAGGCCCAGCUGGUCGAACCGUUACAAGACAGCAGUGUAAAUUUAACAAAUCUCUCUGCUUGUGGACCGAUAAGUCAAGCGGAACAUGCAGAUCAUCCCUACUUUAGCAUUGAAAAUGCUGUUUGUGCCGUCACCAACCUCUCUGAGACCACAAAUGGCUCUGAAAAGUUUGCGGAUGGAUUGAGUGAUGUAACGUUCAAAUCAUUGAACUGCACUGGAGGUGGGAUCGAAAUUUCAGAUGGCACCAAACCUGCAGAUGAAACGGUUCCUCUGCCAGCUGAUCAAUCUGCGACCUGCGGGGAGUCGUACAACUAUGGCGAUGAUCCAAGCAUGUUGGCUUGUGACCAAGAUGCACAAAACAGUGAUGAUAAUUUAGAUCACCAUUACUGUAAAACCGAAAAUGAUCCAUUGAGGGAACCAUUACCACUCAGCCUUGAUGUUGUGGAGGAGGUUGAAAAGAUAAGGCCGGUGGUACCUGAUUGUUUGACUGGCGGGCAAGAGGGCCUUGCAUUGAGCUCUUUCAUCAAUGCCAGAAGUGAAUUUGAAAUAUCUAAUGGAUCCUCUAAGACGUCCCCUCUUCCUGAUGAGCAGGCUGUGGCCUGCCAGCCCUUUGAAGACAACAGUGUUCCACCUUUUGUCACACAGGUUGUAAACAGUCAUCUUGAAUGUAUUCCUAACAGCCAUGUGGAGAAGAAUGAAGAUGUGGCAUAUCCUGACCCCACAGCUAUCGGAACAUCUUCACGGACUAACACGCCUUUAAAGGCGCUGGAUGAUACAUCUGUUGAAUGUCAAAUGCAAGCUAUGUCAAAAAAAGCCUUGGUGCAUCCUGAGGACAGUGCAUUGCCUUCAAUGCUUCAUAGGACAGAGAGUUCCGUCUGCAGCCAUCUGGAAAAUUUGGCAGAGAUGCCUACGCAAGGCAAAGUGCAUGCUGAACAUGUGUCUCUAUUGCAAAUCAGCAGUGGAGCCCACAAACCCAGUGAGGCAACAGACAGCGCCCUGGGCUCAUCUGGAAGUGGACCCGUUCUUUGCAACUCUGCAGAGAAUCCUCGGGCAGAAAACCUCCCGGAUAUUUUGAAAGUGCCGUCCGAGUGUCCCACAGUGGCAUCGGCUUUUCAGUUUGGGAUCUUCAGUCCUGUUGUCCGUAGAGCCUCUCUCGCUGCAUUAAGGGCCUUCAGGGGUCCUGCUUUGGGAAAGUCCGCUCUUGAAGGGGAGAACGUCACAUUUGCCCCUUUUAACGUUGACCCUGCUGGGCUAUGGGCCGAGGACAUGGAGAGACCUAUGCCACAACCUCUGCUUAACUCUACAGCAAUAGGUGGGGAUGUGGGGGCAAAGCCUUCUGAGGAGCCUCGGCUCGGAGUGGAGAAGCCGGUUUGGGACACACCUUUGAUUCCAGAUGGUCCUCUUCAGCAGCAGCUUCGACAGAUGGCAGAGUUUCUUUUCUUGGCAUCAGGAAAGAUGGUUCCCGCUGCAGUGCCUGCUCCCACUUUACCCACCGCUGCCCUCAUGGUCCCAUCGGACAAAGCUCCUCCAUUGGAAUCCCACAGUGUCUGUGUGGGCACCACUCCCGUCAAGUGGUUGGACCGCAGCGCCAAUACAUCCGGCCAAUUUGAGAGAAAGAGGGAUAUCUCUGUGGUUGAUUCCUGCACGCUAACAGAUCCUCUCCUGUGGAACAUGCCGCCAGGCAGCCUGGACUGUCUUCCCAGACAAGAGCUGGAGCACAGGUUGAGGUCCAGCAUGAUCAUGGUGGAGGCUCUUGCGCAGCAAUUGUCUGCAUCACGGGAAAAUGGACGUCCUUCUGCGGGCCCGGCCCCUUCGGACCUCAGGGAGAAACUAGUGCAGACUGACCGCUCUGAACUCACUCAGACCACAGUGUACAGAGACCUAUAUUUGGAGGCUCUGGCAAGGAUUGGUGAGUUGGAGAUGGAUGGAAGUUCUCUACAGAAGCUCAUCCAGCACAUGCAGGACAUGCGGGUCACCAUGCAGACCUCCUUGACCUAUGACACGGACGCCGCCCUCUCUAACGUGAUUCAAAUAGGAGACGUGGUCAGAGGGGACCACCAAAGCCUCGUUUCACAUUACGGUCAGAUGAAGUCUGUAUCUGAGAAAACAAAGGAGACACACACACAAUUGAUGCAGAAGGUCAAAGAUGCUUUUCACCAAAGAGAUGACAUGAGGAUGCAGAUGGAGGACGCCUUCACAGCCAAGGAGGCGGCCUUCAGUGCGAUGGAGCAGCUGAGGACACACUUUGCCACUGAAAUCUCUGAGCUGGAGGGGAUUGUGGGCUCUCAGCAAGAGCUGUCAGCUGCCCUGGACCAGACCUACCCAGAACAGGUUGCAUUGAACCGGGCCUACACUGAGAUGUUGGACUCUGCUACGGAUGUUCUGUCCACAACCUUAAACGACCAAUCUACUUUGAUGCAAGACCUCCGCACAGUCAGAGGCCUUCUGCAGAAAACGGCUCCCAUGCUUCUGAGCCUAAAUGAGAGGGCAGCUGCUGCUUUGAGAGAGCGGGACGACCAUCUCGCUGCGAGAGACCAGGCCGUUGAAGAGCGAGAGCAGACUGAAGAGGAAUUAAAACAAGCUAAUGUGAAUCUCCACACGGCCACAGAACAGAUCAGUGAUUUGAAUCUGCAAGUGACAAUUCUGACCUCAGAAAUGGGUGUGCUUCGUCAGAAGCUGACCGAAAGAGAGGAAGAGCAAGGUCCGCUGGAGAGGAAGGUGACGGAGCUCUCUGCCACCGUUUCCUCCACUUUGGCCUCCUACACCUUCCUAGAGCAGGCCCUUGCUGCUGAAAGUACAAAGCUGCAGCAGUCAUGGAAGGACAUCCAGCUAGCAAAGGAUAGAGCAAAUGAGUUGGAGACGUCCUUGGGUCAGUCGGAGCAGCGUGCGUACGAGUUCAGUCAGGCUCUGGCUCAAAGUGAGGAGCAGCUCGGGCAGCUGAAGGUCCUCUCUCAAUCCCAGAGCACCCAGAUCCAGCAGCUCCAGGACGCCUGCACGCAGCUCAAUGGCGUGCGGGAGAUGAACGAGUUCUUGCAGAUGGAGAAUGAGUUUGCGAGGGAGCAAAUGGGGGAGAGUGAGCGGGUGCUGAGGGCCAAUCUGCAGAGCCUCCGAGAGAGGAAUAUCCAGUGUGAGGAUCUAAAAGGAGAACUUGGCAGACUUCAGCUUGAGAACGGGAGUCUGCAGGAUGAGCUGGAAAGUACAAAGUCCAGAGCCGAUGCGACCCAGUUGCAGCUCGGACAGAAGCUGGCUCAAGCCGUCGCUGACAUUACUUUGCUGCAUCACACACUGCGAGGACUCACCAAUGAACUGCAUUCAUCACUCAAUGACCAGAAGGAGUGCCCACCUCUCCACAACGUGGAACGUCGCCACCCAUCCAGCUCCUUUGUUGACAGCGUCAUGGUUGCAUUAACUGCUGAGAUGGAGGAAGACGUCACAAAAGAGACACCUUCUGGAUCGGACUCCCCCGGGCCACAGUGUGAGCCUUUGUUCAGCGAGACGAGCGCCUUCACGCGCAUCACAGCCGUCACCCCCAAAAAGAAUUUGUCCCAGGUGGAGUUUGAGCCAGAGGAGGACGAGCAGAGCAGUGUUGGGGAACUGUUGGCCGACCUGGGCAGCACCGUCUCGGAGCUCAUCAGCACCCGGAAGCUGCUGCAGCAGCGUAAAGAUGCCGAGUUGGAGCAGCUGCACACCACCAUCUCUAACCUGCAGGUGGAGCUGCAAGCUGCAAGCAACAGGCACGAUGCAGAGGUGUUUGAUCUGAAGCAUCAAAUCAGUGGUCUGAACAGCCUGUUGCAGAAGGGAAAUCAGGCGCUGCAGCAGAAUGCUCAGGAUGAGAAAACUUUGACGAGGCUGAUGGCAGAAAUACAAGAGACCCAGGAAACUCUUAAUAAACAUAAGAUUGACAGCAAUGAGUUGCGGAAGGAGGCGGUGGAGCUUCGUCGCGCUCUCAAUCAGUCGAAGGCAGAGUCUCAAUACCUGCGUGAGGAGUUGAGGAAAGCUGGUAGCCAAUCAGCUAACCCGGCACAUGUCAUGGAAGAGAAGAUCCAGCUAUUGAAAGAGGUGGAAAGACUGAAGUUGUGUCUUCAAGAGGGGGAGCAGGCCAGAGCUAAACUCCUCGAUAGAGCAAAAAGAUAUCAAAUCAUCCGCCAGACCAACCAGCAGAAAAUGGAGAAUGAACUUCAGAUGUUAGACAAACUCCUCAAUAAAGUCAGAGAGACUCUGCGGUCCUUACCGGACGUCGUGAAGAAUUGUGAACAACUCCAACAGCUUGUUGAAUACAUCGGCUGACGUGUUUGCUGUGUUCCUUUUUUAUAUGUAUGUCUGUUACGUUUUAGCCUGUCCUCAUUUUAAGUGUUCCUAUUUGUAAUUUGAUUUAAAUAAAAAUUCUCUG